GGAAAGGGGAGGCGGGGCUCGGACGCGGAGCUGGGGCCUGGGCUGAGCGAGGCCUGGAGACACUCGAGCGGAGCCUGUGCUCCUCCUCCCCCUGCGUUUUUCUGAGGGCCUGCCUUGGCCCCGCGCGUGUCCAUGGAAGGCGGAAACGGCUGCGGGGACCGUCUCCUUGCGAAGGGGUGUAGUCCUCGCCGCCAUGUCCGGGGGCUUCGAGCUGCAGCCGCAGGACGGCGGCCCCCGGGUGGCCCUGGCCCCCGGGGAGACGGUGAUCGGCCGCGGGCCGCUGCUGGGAAUAACAGACAAGAGAGUGUCCAGAAGACAUGCCAUUCUUGAGGUGGUCGGUGGUCAGCUUCGAAUCAAACCGAUACAUGCAAAUCCUUGUUUUUAUCAGUCUUCCGAGAAGAGCCAGCUCUUACCAUUGAAGAGAAAUCUAUGGCGCUGGUUGAAUCCUGGAGACAGUUUUUCUUUGCUAGUCGACAAAUACAUAUUCUGUGUUUUCUCUACACACUCUGAAACAGAAAUGGAAUGUACUUUAAGAAAUAGUCAGAUGCUUGAUGAAGAUAAUAUACUGAAUGAAACACCAAAAUCUUUCUCAGUUCACUCGCCUGAUGAGACAACUCGUGCCCCACAACUGGAAAGAAGCACAGAAAUAGCUAAGACCCAAACUACUUCUGCAAAUAGUGAGUGUUUCCUAGGUGAAUGUAGAGACCUCAGUAAGCAACAGUCAAACCCUGCACAGAGGAGAAGAAUCCUUCCAGCAUGGAUGUUAACAGAAAAUCUCAGUGAUCAAAAACUUUCAGCACCAGUCAGCAGCGGGGAUAAUAAUAUAAUCCAGGAAAGUGGAAAAGAAGGAAUCUGCAAAGAUAAAACUCAAGUAAACGUAACACAGCAAGGAAGAAAGCGAUUAAUUUCAUCAGGAAGUUCAGAAAGUACAUCUGCAGAACAAGACACAGGGAAAAAGUGCAAAAAUGCUCAUCAGGAAGAGUCUGUCACUUCAUACAAGGCAAUGCCAAAGUCAUGUUCUGCAAUCUCGUUAAGUAAUGUAGAGGUGAAUGAUAUGAAGGCUAGUAUACAGAGAAAUGAAAUCCCAAUAGAGGAACUUGGUAAGGUUCCUGAGCAUAAAAGUAUUGUGAAAGGAACACAAAGUAAAGAAGGCGAGGAGAUGAGCUGUUCUGAGAGUCACUUGAGUGCCCAGGACAAGUACUUCCAUGAGGAGUCUCAAGGAUCUCCUCCUGAGUCCAGCUCUGAUCUCUCCAAUCUUGAAACUUUGCAUGCAAAGGCAACUGACUCAGUUGCACAAGGUUCUGAAGAAAACAAGAUCAAGAGGACAUCUUGCAUGUAUGGGGCAAGCUGCUACAGGAAGAAUCCUGUUCAUUUUCAACACUUCAGUCACCCUGGUGAUAGUGAUUAUGGAGGUGUACAAGUCAUGUGUCAAGAUGAGGCUGAUGACCGACCUGAAUGUCCCUAUGGAGCAUCUUGUUAUAGGAAGAAUCCCCAGCACAAGAUAGAAUACAGACAUAGUGCACUUCCAGUGAGAAGCGUAUCAGAUGAAGACAGUGAUAAUGUUGGGCAACCCAAUGAGUACGACCUCAAUGACAGCUUUCUAGAUGAUGAGGAGGAAGAAUAUGAGCCAACAGAUGAAGAUUCUGACUGGGAACCAGGACAGGAAGACCAAGAGAAGGAAGAUGUGGAAGAGCUUUUGCAAGAAGCAAAAAAGUUUAUGAAAAGGAGAAAGUAACUUUUUUCUGAGAUAAUAUAUGGCUCACAGUUAUUCUGUAUGGAAAAAAUUCAGGUACUAAGGAGGCACUUAAGCGAUAAUUGUUUUCCUUCUUUUGAUAGUUAUGACUUUGCUGUUGACUGUGCAGAUGAAACAUUGAUAUAUCAACCUUCGAUGCAGUGGGUGGAAUUUGUUUUGUUGCCUUGCUUUUUCUAUCCUAUUUAAAGCAUCUGGAAAUAGGAAGCAGACAGAGAGUUAAAGAGAAAUAAUUGAUAUUUUUCAUGUACUUUGUGUGUUAGUAAUAAAAAGUAAAAGCCAUGGGUCACACAAUACUUUGACCUUGUUUCUUUUUUCCAAAGAUUCUAUCUUUAUAGAAUACGAGGCAAGCAGAACCAGGAAAAUUACAUCAUGGGUGGGAGCGCAUGCGUCUUUUAUUGCUAUUGAAGUAAUUCUUCAAGCAGAACCAGGCUUUAGAGAGUGACAGCCAUCAUAUAAUGGCUAUUAUUUUUCUAGUACCCAGGGUAUGAGCUUUACAAUUUCAUUUACUACUUUUGUUCUUUGAAACUCGGGGAAAUGAGUAUCAAAUGGAUAUUGAAAAUAUAUUCAACUAGACCGUAGAAAUGUCCACCCUGCAGGCAAUGUUAUUUCGUGCCCCACAUCUGUAAUUUACUCUAUGUCUGAAUUUAAAAGUAGAAAAAGUCAAAGGAUUUGACAGUUUCUUUUUCAAACUAAAGUCCUGCAUGGUUAUUUUAACUCUCAAUGUUCCUUCUUUACAUGAAAAGAUCUAGAAGUGAUUUUUGACCAUCGUUUUCUCAGAUGACAUUAGGUUCUUUUGUCCCCAGAUGAAGGCAGCAAGCUGUCUGCUAGUAUUCAAGAUUUCAAGAAGAAACCCUUUAUUCUCCAGUUUUAUGAAGUAUAUCUCUGUUCUCAAACUACUCAGGCCCUGUAAUACUCUUCAUUUUAGGUGACUUAGAAUUUUUGAAAUCCAGUUUCGAAUCUUUAAUAGCAGUUGGGUAUGGGAACACCACAAUAGGCACAAUAUUGAAAUCAUAAAUCGCUAAACCAAAAGUGUCCUAAUAUUCAUCUAACACUAAUAUUUUCUAUUCUAAGAGAACCUAGGAAUUUAUAAUUUAAAAGAGCAAGACAGCUUUAUAAUUGUUCUCUUAGUGUUUUUUAAUGUCUUUCAAAGUUAAUUAUGUAAUACUAAAAUUAACUUAAACUGGCCAGGACAAGAUAAAUAUUUCUUUAGACUAUUAUUACCUAUUAUUCUGACUUUGCCUCUGUUAUUUAGGAACUGAUUUGCCCCUUGUAAUGUCCCUUUAGUCUUGGGGGCUUGACAGACGUAUGAAAAAAAUCUUUGAACUCAUUUUCAUCCCUGCACUGACUUAAUCCUUAAAGGGUUGUUUUUUUUUAAGAUUUUAUUUAUUUAUUUGACAGAGGGAGACACAGCGAGAGAGGGGAACACAAGCAGGGAGAAGCAGGCUUCCCGCGGAGCAGGGAGCCCGAUGCGGGGCUCGAUCCCAGGACCCUGGGAUCAUGACCUGAGCCGAAGGCAGACGCUUAACGACUGAGCCACCAGGCGCCCCUUAAAGGGUUUUUUAAUCCACUCAUAGAUAUAUCCCCAAAACACUUGAAAAUGUGUUCACACAAAAACUUGUACACAGUGUCCAUAGAGGCAUUAUUUAUAACAGUCCAAAAGUAUAGGAGCCUGGGUGGCUCAGUUGGUUAGGUGUCUGCCUCUUGAUCUCAGCUCAGGUCUUGAUCUCAGGGUUGUGAGUUCGAGCCCUGUGUUGGGCUCCACGCUGGGCCUGGAGCCUACUUAAAAAAUAAAUAAAUAUAAAUAAAAUUGGUAUAAUAGUCAAAAAGUGGAAACAUCUAAAUGCCUAUCGGUUGAUGAAUGGAUAAACAAAAUGUGGCAUAUCCCUACAAUGGAAUAUUUUUGGCAAUGAAAAAGAACUGAAGGAUUGAUACAUGCUAUAACAUGGAUAAACCUUGAAAAGGUUGUGCUAAGUGAAAGAAGCCAGCUGCAAAAGGCCACAUAUUAUAUGAACUAAUUUAUAUGAAGUAUCCAAAAUAGGCAAAUCCAGAGAAAGUAGAUUAGUGGUUGCCAGGGGCUGGAGGAGGCAGGGACAGGAGGUGACUGCUAAUGGGUACAGGGUCUCCUUAGGAUUGUUAAAAAUGUUCUAUAAUUAGUGGCGAUUGUUGCACAACUCUGUAAAUACACUAAAAUCCACUGACUUGUACACUUUCAAAGUGUGAAUUUUAUGGUUUGUGGAUUAUGUGUUUUAAUAAAGCUGCUAUAAAAAGAGAAUGCAAAA